UCGCAUUUUUUUUUUCAAUGUUUGGAACUUUGGAACUUGAAAUUUCUGUUUCGAACUGCUUCAAAUUAUUUAAAUUUGCAAUUAUAAGUGAAUUUUUUAUAUUGUUACAAUGUUACUUCUUCGAUAGAAUUAACAAACUGAUCAAUUACAGUCUAUCUUGAUAAAUUGAUCCCUUACGAUGAACCUAAUUUGAAAGUUGCAUCUGUUGCUCUCAUUCUUUGUCAACCAAAUCCGUCAAGAUGAUGGCCGUUACAAAACGGAAAGAAAUCUACAAAUACGAUGCUCCAUGGCCUUUGUACAGUAUGAACUGGUCCGUGAGACCGGAUAAAAGAUUCAGAUUGGCCCUUGGUAGUUUUGUCGAAGAAUAUAAUAACAAAGUACAAAUCGUCGCCCUGGACGAGAAUAUCUCUGAAUUUGAUGUGAAGAGUUCUUUCGAUCAUCCUUAUCCUACUACGAAAAUUAUGUGGAUUCCUGAUAGCAAAGGAGUAUAUCCAGAUUUAUUAGCUACCAGUGGAGAUUAUCUACGAGUUUGGCGUUGUGUCGAGAAUGAGACUAGACUGGAGUGUAUUCUUAAUAAUAAUAAAAAUUCUGAUUUUUGCGCACCUUUGACGUCAUUUGACUGGAACGAAGUUGAUCCGAAUCUCAUUGGGACAUCGAGUAUUGAUACGACUUGUACGAUCUGGGGUCUUGAAACAUCUCAAGUCAUCGGUAGGAUAAAUUCAGUCGGUGGUCAUGUAAAAACACAGUUGAUCGCUCAUGAUAAAGAAGUGUAUGAUAUUGCAUUUAGUCGUGCUGGCGGUGGACGUGAUAUGUUCGCAUCAGUCGGUGCCGAUGGUUCAGUUCGAAUGUUUGAUUUGAGACAUCUUGAGCAUUCGACUAUUAUUUACGAAGAUCCGCAACACACCCCUUUGUUAAGAUUAGCGUGGAAUAAACAAGAUCCCAAUUACUUGGCUACGAUCGCUAUGGACGCUGUUGAAAUAAUUAUUCUCGACGUUCGAGUACCAUGUACUCCGGUUGCAAGGCUAAAUAAUCAUCGAGCUUGUGUUAAUGGUAUCGCUUGGGCUCCCCAUUCAUCGUGUCAUAUUUGCACAGCAGGUGACGACCAUCAAGCUUUAAUUUGGGAUAUACAACAAAUGCCUCGAGCUAUAGAAGAUCCUAUAUUAGCGUACACGGCUGCAGAAGGUGAAAUAAAUCAAAUACAAUGGGGCGCUACUCAACCCGACUGGAUUGCUAUAUGUUACAACAGAUCAUUGGAAAUUCUUCGGAUAUGACUAACGUCCUAGAAGCUGAAACAAGUGGCUUCUACCAGCAAACAAUUCGCUGCAUGCUUGUACACUAAGAAGGCUGUGGAUUUACUAUAGUUGGCAUUUGUAUUUUUAGACCGAAGCUAAAAUUUUUCAGCGAUUGUCUAGUUUUUGAAGGUCGAAUAGCCGGUACAUCGAGUUGCAAUAGUGUUUCAAUUUAGCAACCUCGGUUUUAUGUGUAUUUUCUUUUUGUUUUCAUCUGUAAAUACUCGUAAUCAUUUUUACGCCGAUUUUUAUUACAUCGCUAUUAAUUUUUUAAAUGCCUGAACGAGAGAUACUGUAACCACGUUUACUUCCACUGUGUGGUUGAAUUGAACAAUUUUUUCUUGUUUUGUUUUUUCGUGUGAUUCGUAACUGGCUUGAAUUUUUUACCUGCUGUAAUUUUUCUUAAAUAAUUAUCAACUAUGAAGUUUUUUUUCUAUUGAUUUUUUCUAUUUUGGUUGGAGCGAGUGUUUUUUAAACAAGAGACUUAUUUGCGGUUACGAGGUUUCACGAAGAUCUUGAAAUUUAUUCAUUAUUUUUAUAACACGAAAUGAAAAAGGGACGAAAGGAUUGGAUCGAUAUGCAUACAUUUAUAAGAUGGAUUUCUUGAUAGGUUGAAAUUAUUAAAUUUCUCUCGUAACACUUGACUAUUUUCCGGAUUUUAUCUGGUGGAGUUUUUUGACGUCUUUUUUUAUAAAAGCUUGCUUCAACGUGAAGUCUCUCUCAUUCGGCGUUCAACGCAUCUAUGUUCCUUCAUUACAAAAUUUGAUACUAUUAACGCGUCCCUCUGUUUUUAUAAAAUUCUUACAAAUUGAAAAUGUUAAAGAAUAAAUAAACCAUUCAUUUGUG